CUAAAGUUCAAAAUAUUGUAUACAUUCUUCUCAGUGAUUUUCUACUCAAAAUUGGCAGCUGCGUGAGUGAAUCACCGGCCGUUUGCCUGUAUAAUUGGUUGCCUGCCCGCCACUUUGCAUUAAAAUUCACCGAAAUUCCUCAUCUGUGACUCACUUUCGAAUUGCAACAACCCAACUGUAAAACACUAGAAAAGCGAAGUGCCGGCUUUGUGCUCCUUGUUUACCAGUUCGAUGACGUAUACCGGAUGAAUUAUAGCCGAAAGAUAAGAUUUUCCAAUACAAGUGCAUUGUUCCCCCAGCGAGAACUAUGGACAAGCCCCGCGUUCUAAUCCUGGGAGGUUGUGGCUUCAUCGGGCGCAAUUUGGUGGCGUUUCUCGUAAAAAACGAUCUCGCAAGUGCAAUCAGAGUCGCCGAUAAGGUGCCCCCUCAAGUGGCGUGGCUCAACGAGGAGUGCCACAAGUACUUCCAAGACCCGAUUGUGGAUUUCAAAAGCGCGAAUCUGAUAAACCCCGAGUCGUGCAAGAAUGCGUUCAGUUGCGACUCAAACUGGGAUUUUGUCGUCAAUUGUGCCGGAGAGACCAAAUUGGGACAAACGGACCCCAUUUAUGAGGAGGGGAUUUUGAAGCUAAGUCUCAAUUGUGCCAGAGAGGCCGCCAAACAAAACGUGAAACAUUACAUCGAGCUGUCUUCCGGCAAAAUGCACUCGUCUGAUAAAGCGCCCCACAAGGAGGACGCCGCUGUGGAGCCGUGGUCGUUCAUCGGGAAGUGGAAGCACAAGGUCGAAAAGCAGUUAAGUGACAUUCCGAACUUGAAAUUUACGAUUUUACGUCUGGCGAUUGUUUACGGUGUCGGGGACCGUAUGGGGCUCACACCCAGACUUAUAGUUGCAUCCAUUUAUAAAUACUUAGGCGAAACGAUGAAACUGCUGUGGAAUUCCGAUCUCAAAAUCAACACUGUCCAUGUCUCAGACGUUUGCAGGGCGAUUUGGUUCAUGUGCAACCGGGACGAUACGAUAGGACAGGUUUACAACGUUGUGGACGAGGCCGAUUCGACUCAAGGCUCAAUUUGUGGCAUACUUUCCGAUUUAUUUAACAUUAAAGUCGAUUUUUGCGGAAAUAUUGUCUCGGCUGUUGUUGAUCUUGAAAGUGCCGCUGACGACGCGAAUGAUAAACAUUUAGUGCCUUGGGCUGAGGUCUGCCGACUAGAUAAUGUACAAAACACGCCUUUGACCCCACACAUGGACCCGGAGUUGCUCCUGUGUAAGCACUUGAGACUUGAUGGCGCAAAGUUGAAGAGUUUAGGUUUCAAAUUGGAUGUUCCUCAGCCCACUGUUGAUAAUGUUAAGGAGGUUUUCGACGAUUACGUCAGGAUGAAAGUGUUUCCAGUUUCGCUCGCACCUUAAUUUUGUACUUAUCGCUUUUUGCAUUCCUAUUAUGUGAUUUUUACGGUUCUAGUUGAGAUAAUCGGGACUGAAGUUGUCAAUUAAAAUUGCUCAAAUUGUUACAAUUUAUAAACUGCAUUUUGCUUAUUGAAA